AUGGCACCUGAGAUUGCUGAGGGAUUCAUCUAUGUCGAUUCUGCAUUUCAAUUGUGGGAAAUUAUAAAUCAGCGAUUCGGAGAAUCAAAUGCAGCUUUAUUGUUCAGUUUGCAAAAGGAGAUUGCGAACAUCAAACAAGGCUCAUCUUCUGUGGUUCUGUACUUCACGAAAUUGAAUAGGUUGUGGGAUGAAUGUAGUACUUUAGCACCUUUACCUUUGUGUGGUUGUGCUAAAUCAAAGGAAUUACUAGAAAUGGAUUCAAGGAAUAAGCUGAUGCAAUUUCUCAUGGGACUCAAUGAGACAUAUGAUUCAAUUAGCAGUCAGAUUUUACUUAUGGAUCAGUUGCCAAAUGUGAAUAAGGCAUAUUCACUUGUUUUGCAAGAGGAGAGAAAAAGAAGUGUGCACAUUUUGUAUCCUGAUUCUGCAGUUACUGCAGCAAUGGCAGUUAAGACAAAGGAUUUUGGGAACAGAGGCAGGGGUAACAUGAUGAGAGGAAGAGGUCAGAAUGCUUAUGGAGGCAGAGGCAGAGGUUCAAUGCUUAGAAAGUCUAAAGAAGAGAGAGCUCAGUUAGUUUGUGAGCAUUGCGGGUAUAAUGGACAUGAGCAAAAGGAAUGCUUCAAACUUCAUGGUUAUCCUGACUGGUACAAGGAGCUCAAAGACAAAACUAACAAAGGAUAUGCAAAUCAAGUGGAGAGCAUGGAGAGUUUCCCAAAAGGCAUAGACAUGGCAAGCCUUGCUCAGGAGUUGAUGAAGUUCAUGGGAAGCAAACAGAAAGGAGAUCAAGACAAUAUGUCAGAGGGAGUUAACUUUGCUGGACCUUGA